UGUUAAAUUAUUUUUUCUUAAUAUUUCAAACCUCAUGCCCUCUUUAAUCAAAGUCUGUUUGUGCUGAUGCUGACUCGUCUAGCCCAAGAAGAAAAAAGAGAAAGUGAAGAUGAAACAGAUCAAGGCUGCCACCGAUACAGAGUACGGCGUGCUCAAUGUGUCAGUAUCUGGAUAUGAUAUGACUUUGGUGGAACACUACGCCCAAUACAUCCAUAAUCUCUGCAACCGCUUGCAUAUCUCAGUAGACGAAAGCUAUGCUUUACCAACCAAGACCACAGAGGUGAUGGUAAUGCAAGACAAAAGCACUAAGAUGUAUGUGGAUGCAGUUCUGAAGACAUACGAAAGAGUUGUUCAGAUCAGCCAGCUGAGUGCGAUGUUUUGUCCCAUUUUCCUGGAGGUGCUCCUUAAGAACCAACCUGAGGGAGUGCAGCUUUCUGUGAAGGAUCAUACAGAAGCAGACUACCAGGCACGCUACAAAGCUCGACCAGAACUUGAGGGACUGAUUGCACAAAUGAGUUAGACAAAUGCAGCCAUCUUACAAAAUAUUUAUAUCAGUUUGUGUUUGUUUAAAGUAAUAAUUAAAUACAUUUCUAUAUAAAA